AUGGUUGUUAUUGUUAAUACCGCAGUGCUGAAGAUGUUUGUAAAGGAAGAGAAUGGUGAAGAGAGCGUUGUAACAGUCAGGUUAUAUGGCCCAAACACCGAUUAUAUCAUCAACCGUGAGCGCGAGUUGCAGGUUGGGUCCAUCUUUGCAGUUACUGUUACAAGGUUGCUUACCACAUACUAUGUUCAGGCUAUCAAAUACCUAUCGACUGCAGGAUUUGGUGCCAAAUUGCUUGGAGUAUUUGGGAAUGGUAUGGUGCAGUCCUUUAUCAACGCACGUACUCUAACUCCAGUAUACAUGAGGGUGCCAAAGCUGGCUGCUAAAAUUGCAAAGGAACUCUGUAGGUUUCAUGCGGUCGAAAUUCCAGGGUCCAAGGAACCUCAGUUAUGGAAUGAGAUAUUCAACUUCUAUGAGAGUGACAUGAGGGUGCCAAAGCUGGCUGCUGAAAUUGCAAAGGAACUCCCUAGGUUUCAUGCGGUCGAAAUUCCAAGGUCCAAGGAACCUCAGUUAUGGAAUGAAAUAUUCAAGUUCUAUGAGAGUGGUAUCCUAGUAAAGAAGAACAAAGAUCAUAUCUUCAUGCAUUACUUACAACUUGAUAAGCCUGAUGAGGUAUCCUCCAAGGAGCUUGAAGUGCUUUACAUAGAGUCAAACGCGUUCAUGCUAGCUUCACACAUUGUCUGGGCCCUCUGGGCGCUAAUCCAAGCGACGAUGCCGCCCAUCAAUUUCGAUUACCUAGGUUACUUCUUCCUGUGCUACAACAAGUACAUAUCAAAGAAGGAAACAAACUGUUUGUUGGCCCUAGCAUACCUCUCAGGAUUGCACAAAGCCUAG